UGCCUGUGUCUCCGCCCCUCCUUAUAAGCCGGUGAAGGUGAAGGUGAGCGCCCCAGUGUGUGCUGCCCAGGUGAUUGGAUAGCGUGGUCGCUAUGGCUGCCUCUUCUUCCAUCUUCGCGUCCGUUCCUCAGGCUCCCCCGGUGCUCGUGUUUAAGCUUACAGCGGACUUUCGUGCUGACUGUGACCCUCGCAAGGUCAACCUGGGAGUGGGAGCUUAUCGGACCGAUGACUCCCAGCCCUGGGUCCUGCCAGUGGUCAAGAAGGUGGAACAGAAGAUAGCCAGCGACAACACAUUAAAUCACGAGUACCUGCCGAUCCUCGGGCUGCCAGAGUUCCGUGCCAGCUCCUCAAGGAUUGCCCUGGGUGAUGACAGUCCAGCCUUUAAGGAGGAUCGGGUGGGCGGUGUCCAGUCUCUGGGUGGUACCGGCGCACUACGCAUUGGAGCAGAGUUUUUAAGGCGCUGGUACAAUGGAAACAAUAAUACCGCAACCCCCAUCUACAUUUCAGCUCCUUCCUGGGAGAACCACAACGCCGUAUUUCUUGAUGCCGGCUUUAAAGAUAUCCGAAGUUACCGUUACUGGGAUGCUGCUAACCGAGGGCUUGACCUCAAGGGACUCCUGGAAGAUUUAGAGAAUGCUCCGGAGCACUCCAUCUUUGUUCUGCACGCCUGCGCACACAAUCCCACUGGAACAGACCCCAAACAAGAUGAGUGGAAGCAGAUUGCUGAUGUCAUGAAGAGACGCUUCCUCUUCCCAUUCUUCGACUCGGCCUAUCAAGGAUUUGCCUCUGGAAACCUGGACAAGGAUGCCUGGGCUGUGCGAUACUUUGUGGCUCAGGGCUUUGAGCUGUUCUGCGCUCAGUCUUUCUCUAAGAACUUUGGUUUAUACAAUGAGAGAGUUGGUAACUUGACCGUUGUGGGUAAAGACAGUGAUAAUGUUGCCCGUGUCCUCUCUCAGAUGGAAAAGAUUGUGCGUACAACCUGGUCAAAUCCUCCGUCACAAGGCGCUCGCAUUGUUGCCAUCACUCUGACCACCCCUGAACUUUUUGAUGAAUGGAGAGACAAUGUGAAGACUAUGGCCGAUCGGGUCCUGUCAAUGCGAGCAGAACUAAAAUCCAGAUUGGAGGCUCUUAAUACACCUGGAACGUGGAAACAUAUUGUGGAGCAGAUAGGAAUGUUCAGCUUUACUGGCCUCAAUCCAAAGCAAGUUGAAUACCUCAUAAAAGAAAAGCAUAUUUAUCUGAUGGCAAGUGGACGCAUCAACAUGUGUGGGCUGACGACGAAGAACCUGGACUACGUGGCCCAGUCCAUCUAUGAAGCGGUCACCAAGAUCCAGUAAUCUGAGGCCCAGAACUGCUGUAACCGGUGUCAUUAGAAUUGUGUUUGUGGUUUUUUCUGUAUUUUUUUUUUUUUUUUUUUCAUGGCUUUAAAUUGAACAAAAUAACACAGGGAGAAAUAGGUUACAUACGACACAAUAUCCUGUCUGAUCCUAGGGAAAAGUGAGAAAAAUCAUAUACUUGAGUCUUGCGUUCAAACAAAAAAAGCACUUGGGUAGAACUUCUCAUUGGCAUCUCCUCCUAAAGGUUUGGCAGCUAACUGGUGAAGUGCAUGCUAGGAGAUUUAGUAAAUCAUAACUGCCACUAUGUGAAUUCUUAUCAGUAAAAAUUGAGCUUUACUGUAAAGGGGUUGUCCAGGCAUUCUCUCUGACAUCGGGGUGUGGUGAGGCACAAGGAUCAUGCACAGAUCCCAUUAUUUGGGACCCAUACAUGAAUGUCUGGACCUUGUUACAUCUCAGUAUGGCUGGGCGACCCCUUCAAGGUUUUCUGUUAUCCCAGGGCUUCCCAUACGACCACUACAACAAUGGGCUUAAAGCGGGUUUUUCCAGGAUGUUAUUUAUAACCCACUUGGGGUAGAAAAGAACUUGCUGUUACUUAUCCUGAUUGCUGUCAUUCCUGCUGCCCUCAACGUCUUGGUUCGAUGUGCUAGAAAUGCCAGGAAAGGACCAUAUAGCAAAUCACUGACUGAGGUGGGUAACGACUAUGGCCAGUGAUUGGCUUAGCUGGUGGCCAGAAGUCAGCAGUGGCCACAGCAGUGUUUGGAUGGCAGCAGUAGGGGAUUUGAGGGGGAGUAUAGCCUUUUUCCUUCUUGAAGACCUCCUAUGGUUAUACAGACGGGCGCACAGCAGCACCAUGGCCGUUUUUUUUAACCACAUUUUGGUGCCUUGCGUCUGUGUCGCGGUACUGGGAAAGUGCAGGUCUUGACUAUAGUAACCAAUCAGGCCAGUUAAAAAUAUACAUUUAUUUUAUGAACAGUUGGGCUGUUGUAUAUGGCUUCUCUCACAUGCAGUAAGGAUACAAUAAGCCAUGAUAACCUUACCGAAAGCCUGUCCAAAGAACUGUGACCUCACAUCCGCCCUCCUUACACAUUGGUGCAAUAUGUGAUUGUUGUAGUGAGCAAAUAGCUAUCGUACCUUUCCCCAACCAAACCUCCUUAUCCUCGAUCCUCUUGUAGACGAAUUACGUGACUUUGUGCAUUGCUUGACCACAGCCUUACACGGCCUGGAACAUUGUACAACACCAAAAAUCUGCUUAAAAAUGAAAACUGCGAAAUGGUGUCAUAACUGAUGCAAUAAAUCCCAUUCUGUGGUGG